CUGUCGGGAGCCACGGCCGGGAUCCUCGGCCUCACCGGCCUGCACGGCUUCAUCUUCUACUUCCUGGCCUCCGUCCUCCUGUCCGUGCUGCUUGUGCUGAAGGCCGGCCGGCGGUGGAACAAGUACUUCAAGUCGCGGAGGCCGCUGUUCACGGGGGGGCUCGUGGGAGGGCUCUUCACCUACGUCCUGUUCUGGACUUUCCUGUACGGAAUGGUUCACGUGUACUGAUGCACGGAAUGUUCGCCGCUGCCGGAGCUGCAGGACUCUUGCCAAAAGUCACUACACCAUAGGCCAGCUCACUUUCCCAACUGUUGUCCGUGGCUCGUGUCGUUAAUGCUGUUGGUAAAUUAUGUCCAAGUACGAAUUAAUCAGUAGCACUGUUCUAAUUAAACUGAAUGUGAAGCACCGUU